CGGGGCGGAGGGAGCGAUGGAUCCGGCGGGUGGGCGGAGAGGCUCCGGAAACAUGUUGUAUAAACCGUGAACCCCGAAUGAGAUGCUACCGACCCCCCGUUUGCACCGAGUGGACCCGAGAAGAAAUGUCCUGGUGACAAACCCGGAGCAGGAGCAGAGAAUGGCAUUUGGAGGGAUUGAUUUGCAGAUGGGAAAUUCAAACCAAACAUCACAUCAAGAUCUGACAGAGACAAUUGCUUCACCAGGACCUGAAUAUCAUCAGCCUUUGAAUGUGGAAGGAGGAAUGUUUGUCUGUGAGAAAAUAUUUCAAACAUCGAUGUGACUGGAAAAGCACGAAGACAGACACACACCCGAGUGACAGUGUUGCAGUGAAUUGACUGUGGAAAGUUUUAACCAGUUACACAGCCUGAAAAAACAUCACAGUGGGGAGAGACUGUACAUAUAUUGUAUGUGUGCGGCCUGGGUUCAACUGACCACGCAACCUGGAGAAGCACAAGGACACCCGCACCAUGGGGAAACCGUGGAAAUGUGAGGACUGUGGGAAGGGAUUCAAUUCCCCAUCUGAGGUGGAAACUCAUCGACGCAGUCACACUGGGGAGAGACCGUUCACCUGCUCCGUGUGUGGGAAGGGAUUCACUCAGUCAUCCAUCCUCUACACACACCAGCAUGUUCAUACUGGUGAGAGGCCAUUCACCUGCCUUGAAUGUGGGAAGGGAUUUAAUGCUUUAUCAAACCUCCGGACUCACCAUCGUGCUCACUCUGAUGAGAGACCAUUUAAAUGUUCUGACUGUGAGAAGAGCUUUAAAAGCAGAAAGGAUCUACUGACACACCAACGCACUCACACUGGGGAGAGGCCAUUCACCUGCACAGUAUGUGGGAAGGGAUUCACUCAGUCAUCCCACCUCCUGACACACCAACUUGUUCACACUGACAAUAGACCUUUUGAAUGUUGUGACUGUGAGAAGCGAUUUAAAAGCAAAAAGGAUUUACUGAACCACGAACGCACUCACACUGGGGAGAGGCCAUUCACCUGCUCCGUGUGUAGUAAGAGAUUCACUUGUUCAUCCCACCUUCUGACACACCAAUUUGUUCACACUGAUCAGAGACCUUUUCAUUGUUCUGACUGUGAGAAGACAUUUAAAAGCAAAAAGGAUCUUCUGAAACACCAACACACUCACACUGGGGAGAGGCCAUUCACCUGCUCUAUCUGUGGGAAGGGAUUCACUCGGUUAGCCCACCUGGUGAGACACCAUCGAGUUCACACUGGGGAGAGGCCAUUCACCUGCAGUGAAUGUGGACAGGAAUUCAUUGAUUCAUCCGACCUUCUGAUACACCAGCGAGUUCACUCUGGGGAGAGACCAUACGCCUGCCUUGUGUGCGGCAAGAGAUUCACUCAGUCAUCUCAUCUCACUGCACACCAACUUGUUCACACUGAUCAGAGACCUUUUAAGUGUUCUGACUGUGAGAAGAGAUUUAAAAGUAAAAGGAAUCUGCUGACACACCGGCGAGUUCACACUGGGGAGAGGCCGUUCACCUGCUCGAAGUGUGGGAAGGGGUUCACUCAGUCAAACAACCUGCUGAGACACCAGCAAGUUCACAUGUGACAGCGGGGGUUGGGUUCUGUUGUUAUUGCUGCUGUUAAUCACAUCCAGGACUGAAUCAUGUCUAGGCGCCUGUUUCCAAUGGGGUUCCACAGUUUGUGGUUUAUAUCAAUGAUUUAGACUUACUCAUUGCUCCUACAUUUAAUAAGUUUGCAGAUGAUACAGUAGUUGCUGGUGUGGCUGACAAUGAGGAAGAAAGCUGUGGACUGCAGGAAGAUAUCAAAGGACUGGUCAGAUGGGCAGAAAAAUGGCAAAUGGAAUUCAAUCUGGAGCAGUGUGAGAUAAUGAAUUUGGGAGGGUAAACAGGACAAGGAAUGAUCAAUAUACUUCUCAGCAUCAUCCCGUUUUGUGGAACAAAGAGACAUUGGAGUGCAGAUCCACAGGUCCCUGAAUGUGGCUGGAUGGGUAGAGCAGGUGGUCAAAAGGGCACCUGGGACACACUCUUGUCUGAGGACUAGAAUGUAAGAGCAGGGAGAUUAUGUUAGAAUUGUGCGAAACACUAGUUAGAGCACAGCUAGAGCACUGAGUACAGCUCUGGUCACUGCAUUAAUCAACUAUAAAGUAAAUAUUUAGCCUAAAACUAAGGACAAAUUGAUAAUUUAUCAUAUAAUUAGAGUCAGUAAUUAAUCAAAUCUAGGGGAUAAUGAUAAAGCUAACUAACCAGGGAUUGAAACAGUGAAGAAGUCUGAAUUUUUCAUGAAAUUAAACUCUGAGGUGUUUAGGUAUUCGGAGUUAAGAAAAACAUAGAAACUAGGAGCAGGAGGAGACCAUUCAGCCCUUCGAGCCUGCUCUGCCAUUCAUUAUGAUAAUCACGGCUGAUCAUCCAACUCA